AUGUCAUUUAAGACUAACAAGCUAAUGCACAUGAACAAAGAAGAACUCAGACAUGAAAAUCUCGCUUACCACAUGGUAUUAUAUGUAAAUCCAAAGUCAUUAAAAAUUAAUGCUAAAAAACUGUUUGUUUAGCAGGUAUUAUUUAAGAUUAAAAUGUUGUUGAAAAUUUCCGUUCAAGCAAAGAAGUUCUCCAUUUUCACCAAAUGUCAUUUAUACUUCAUUUUUUUUCACAUAAGUGACAGCUAUUCUGGAACAAUUAAUUUACACGCCAAAGACGUGACAAAUAAUUUGGGAUAGAGGGAGCAUAUGUUGGCAGAAACGUAAUAGUAAUUCAACUGUUAUAUAUUGGAAUAACUUAAAAAGCUAAAAUAUUCAAAGAAGAAGAAUCUGCUUAAUCCGCUGCUUAAGAUUUCAAAGAAUUUAAUAAAUAUUAAUUGAUGUUCUCUUCUUGCCAUAGGAACAGAUUCUUGAAGAAGGAAUCGAGGAACCAAGAUUUGGCUUUAAUUUGCUCGAACCUAUACGAAGAUCUUUUUGCCAGAAUUUUUGCACGUCGUUUGAAACGAUGUCGUACAUAGCGAAUCUUGCCUGUGCUGUAAAAUGUCCUGAAUUGUAUUUGCCUCAUAAAACUACAGAGCCACCUACUGCAACAACUCUGUUACCUAUUACAAUUAUGCAGAAUACAUCGACGACAACAACGACAGUAGCAACGACAGCAUCAACAACAACGUCAGUAGCAACGACACCACCACCAACAACAAUGUCAACAAUGCCACCAGGAUCAUGA